CUGAUUAAUAAACGGUCACACUGGUGUUAUCAUACCAAACAGUUACCAAAAUAUAAAAAUUAUUAAAAACCACUACGUUUAGCACACAAAAUCUUUAAAUCGCUUUUACUAAACUGUUGAAAUGAUAUCACAAUUAUUGCCUUCGCGUCGAAAUAGAUAGUUUUGCUGCUAGGCUUAUAAACCAAUCUAGUGUGGUUUUCACUAAUGAAGUAACCAGUAGUAGUUACGGGUACCCUUGGAAAUUUAUACUGUUCAGACAAAAUGAAGCGUAGAGCCACAGUCAAAGACGCAACCCCAAAAACCUUACCAUAUAAAGUGAUACAAAAUGAGUUUUCCAAGCCCAGUACUGAGGAAAAAAUUAGGAUCUUGAACGACAAAAUGGAUAUGGUUCUCCAAAAUCAAAAGAAAAUGCUUCUUGUUUUACGUCAACUGACUACUCAGGAAACCGAUUCAUUGGGACCCCAAAUAGUUUCGGUGAAUAGCAUACGACACCUAAUGAGUCCUACGUCAGGAGACUGGUCACCUCAAGAAUUCCCAUUGACGGAACUGGAACAAAUAGAGAAAAUGGAAGAGGAAAUGAAUGAUCCGAUAAAACAAUCUAUAUAUAUCCGAACCAUGCAGGAAAUUCUGAAACCCGGAGGAACACUCCGUCCUGGUGGUCUGAAAAAACAAUUCCAUCUAAUACUCGCAAAAGAUUUUUUGAUUGAUUUCAAUUUUGAUGGCAUUCACAACAAGAUUCCUUUAAAAAAGUUUGGAAAUUUUAAUAACGCUUUAUUCGAAGUGCAGAAGCGUGAUGGAUACUUCAGAGACGACUACGUCUCUGAAAUCAGACUGGCAUUUCGUGUCUAUAAAAAUCGUAGACAUAAAAGUAUUUCUGAUGCCCGGAAAAAAAUCAGAGAAGCAAUGGCCGGUAUUGAGCCCCAAGUAAAAUUUGAAGAGUUUCUGUAUCCAGAAUCAAAUUAGCAUAAUUUCAAAAUGUAUGCAUUGAUUAACUAAAAGCCUGUAAAGAGAAUUGUAUAUAAAUGAAAUUAUUUUGUAAAUCA